UGCUGGCGUUCUGGGCGGCUAGUGCUCGUCUGCGAGCAGGACUUCGUCGGGGGUCGCGUUCCCUUUCUGCUGUCAGGGACUCUUUCAGCCCACCUCAGGCCUCCUCUCUCGAGGCGUCAUGUGGGUUCUCGGCAAUGGCGGGGAGGACGGGAGGACUCCUCCCUCUGGCUUCUUCCUUUGUUGGCUGACACACCCUUUUUGACACUCCCUAGCUAAGCUGGGAUUUCGCGGUCAAGAUGGAAAGCCCGUCCGCUUCAGCUGUGGCUUUACCCUGCAACUCGCCGUCCUGCACCAGUAGCCAACGUGUGCCUGGGACACUGAGGGAACGGUUACAGAAAACAAGGUCUUCAUUCAGUUCCUCUCACUGCGUGGUUAAACGUCUUCGAGUCGACGAUGAUGAGGAGGAGUCAAACCUUGCCGACAGACCGGCAUCUUCAACAGAGGAGAGUCAUUCUGAAUGUGAACGUUUUGAGCACGUAGACAGCGACUUUGAAAGAAGUGUCCUUUUGGAAAGUAGUUCCAAGAAUACCACUGCAUGUGAAUCUAAAUCAUUUGACAGUGGACCAUGCAGUGAUCUCCAGAAUGACUCUGCGAAUGAGAAUCUUCAUAAAGAAGGAUUAAAUGAAGAAAAGACAAAUUUGGUGAAACAGAUUCAGGAGAAAGAAGAACUUCUUCGAAGGCUAAAAUUAGUCAAAAUGUAUAGAUCAAAGAAUGACCUAUCUCAGUUACAGUUGUUAAUAAAGAAGUGGAGAAGCUGUAGCCAGCGCUUGCUCUAUGAGUUGCAGUCGGCUCUGUCUGAGGAGAACAAGAAACUAAGCCUUACUCAGUUGAUAGACCACUAUGGGUUAGAUGAUAAGUUAUUACACUAUAACAGAAAUGAAGAAGAAUUUAUCGAAGUUUAAUUCAUUUUUAUCUCCAGAGUAUCAUUGCUAGCAUCUGGUUCUAACACAUUUUAAAGAAAACUUA